CUCUUUGGUUUUGAUUAUUGCUGACAAUGGGAACUCUGGAAAUUGAAGCAUCGCCAAAACUGGCUGAGCAAGCGGUGAAAGAGGAUGCCGUUAUCGACGAAAGCGAGCUGUCUCCGAUAGAAGAAGUUCGUCUAACAGUGCCCAACACCGACGACCCUUCACUCCCAGUAUGGACUUUCCGUAUGUGGUUCUUGGGUCUUUUCUCAUGCAUCCUUCUUUCCUUCUUGAACCAGUUUUUUGGCUACCGAACCGAGCCGCUCGUCAUCACCCAAAUCACCGUCCAGGUGGCGACUCUCCCCAUCGGACGGUUCAUGGCUUCGGCUCUUCCCACGACUAAGUUUCGUAUGCCGGGGUUUGGUUCAAGGGAGUUCUCGCUUAACCCCGGACCGUUCAACAUGAAGGAGCAUGUUUUGAUUACCAUAUUCGCUAAUGCUGGGAGCGCUUUCGGAAGUGGUACGGUUUAUGCUGUUGGUAUUGUUACCAUUAUCAAAGCGUUUUAUGGAAGGAGCAUCUCUUUCUUGUCUAGUUGGCUUCUUAUCAUUACUACACAGGUUAUGGGAUAUGGUUGGGCGGGGAUACUGAGGAAGUUUGUGGUGGAGCCGGCGCAUAUGUGGUGGCCCUCUACACUUGUUCAAAUUUCUCUAUUCAGGACUUUGCAUGAAAAAGAAGAAAACACUGAUGGCAAGCGCCGCAUAUCACGGUCGAAAUUCUUUGUGAUUGCAUUAAUAUGUAGCUUCUGCUGGUAUGUAUUUCCAGGUUACCUUUUCCAAACCUUGCAAAGCAUAUCUUUGGUGUGCUUAGCCUUCCCCCAUUCAGUAACAGCCCACCAAAUCGGCUCAGGCAUGAGUGGUCUCGGCAUAGGGGCCUUCACACUUGACUGGACGACCGUUGCUUCUUUCUUGUUUAGCCCACUUGUUUCUCCCUUCUUCGCCAUUGUAAACGUCUUCAUUGGGUAUGCCUUGAUAAUAUACCUUGUGAUGCCAGUAUCUUACUGGGGGCUAAACCUUUACAAAGCGAAAACGUUUCCCAUAUUUUCAUCAGACUUGUUCACCGCACAAGGUCAGUUGUAUAACGUUUCAUCAAUAGUUAACAACAAGCUUGAGCUCAAUGUGUCGGAGUAUGAGAAGUUAGGGAGUGUCCAUUUGAGCACUUUCUUUGCCGUCACCUAUGGAUUUGGGUUCGCCACUAUUGCUUCCACAGUAACACAUGUGGCCUUGUUCUAUGGAAGGGAAAUUUAUAGUCGAUAUCGAGCUUCUUCGAGGGAAAAGGCCGAUGUUCAUACGAGGUUGAUGAGAAACUACAAGGACAUACCUUCAUGGUGGUUUUAUUCGCUUCUUGCCGUGUCCAUUCUUGUCGGUCUUGCACUAUGCAUCUUCUUUAAAAAGGAUGUCCAAAUGCCUUGGUGGGGGCUAAUAUUUGCUGCUGCGCUUGCCUUCUUUUUCACUCUGCCUAUCAGCAUUAUAACAGCCACGACAAAUCAAACACCAGGGCUGAAUAUCAUUACAGAGUACAUAAUGGGAGGAAUAUUGCCUGGACAACCAAUAACCAAUGUCUGUUUCAAGACGUAUGGGUACAUGAGCAUGGCUCAGGCAGUGGCUUUUCUUAGUGAUUUUAAGCUCGGUCAUUACAUGAAAAUCCCUCCAAGAUCAAUGUUCUUGGUUCAGUUCAUUGGAACCAUGUUAGCCGGAACAGUAAACCUUGGCGUAGCCUGGUGGCUUCUUUCUUCCGUUGAGAACAUAUGCCACAAAUCUCUUCUCCCAGCAAAUAGUCCAUGGACAUGCCCGGGCGAUAAAGUCUUUUUCGAUGCAUCAGUUAUUUGGGGUUUGGUUGGACCGAGACGAAUUUUCGGCUCACAUGGGGAGUACUCUACACUUAACUGGUUCUUCCUAGGAGGACUUUUGGGACCAGUUGUAGUAUGGCUUUUGCACAAAGCAUUUCCCAGUCAGACAUGGAUUCCCCUUAUCAAUCUGCCAGUGCUCUUAGGCGCAACCGGCAACAUGCCACCGGCAUCACCAUUGAACUAUACUUCCUGGAUUCUGGUUGGAACUAUCUUCAACUUCUUCGUAUUCAGGUAUCGAAAGCAAUGGUGGCAGAGGUAUAACUACAUUCUGUCGGCAGCAUUGGACGCAGGGGUAGCAUUCAUGACAGUGCUGCUUUAUAUCGCACUGGGGGUUGAGGAUAAGGGUUUGAACUGGUGGGGUGCCAGUCCCCAUGUUGUACCCGAGCACUGUGAUCUAGCAACUUGCCCCACUUCUAAGGGGAUAUCAGUCGAUGGGUGCCCCAUAUUUUAAGCUUCAUGUUUGACCUUGUACUCUGUUAGAACCUGCUACCUUAUUACUUGAUGUUUACAAGGUAUCAGCAAGACUUUAAGAAUCGAAAAUUCGCUCAAGCUUAACGAGUAU